AUGGUUCGCUGCUCUGCUGCAACACUGGCCUUGGCCGCAAGCGUUCUGCCUUAUCUAGCAAACGGUUCUGGAUUAAAUACAGCUGCUAAGGCCAUUGGCAAGGUUUAUUUUGGUACAGCUACAGACAAUUCGGACUUGAGUGACACGGCCUACGUGACUGAAUUGAACAACACGCAAGAUUUUGGCCAGAUCACUCCUGCAAAUUCUCAAAAGUGGGAUGCAACCGAGCCUGAACAAAACACCUUUACCUUUACCCAGGGAGACGCCAUUAUCGACCUGGCGAUUGCCAACGGUCAGCAGACCCGAUGCCAUAAUCUGGUCUGGUAUAACCAGCUACCCAGCUGGGUUACUAGUGGUACCUGGACCAAUGCGACGUUGCUCGCAGCCAUGAAGAACCAUAUCACAAACGUGGUUACCCAUUACAAGGGUCAAUGCUAUGCUUGGGAUGUGGUUAACGAAGCCCUGAAUGAGGAUGGGACUUUCCGGGACAACGUGUUCUACGAAUAUAUCGGCGAGGCAUACAUCCCCAUUGCAUUCGCCACCGCAGCAGCUGCAGACCCCAGUGUCAAGCUCUACUACAACGACUACAACAUCGAAUAUGCUGGUGCCAAAGCCACAGCUGCACAGAAUAUUGUCAAGAUGGUCCAGGCUUACGGAGCCAAGAUCGACGGCGUUGGUCUCCAAUCGCACUUCAUUGUCGGCAGCACUCCCAGCCAGAGUUCACAGGCCAGCAAUAUGGAUUCGUUUGUGGCCCUUGGCGUCGAGGUCGCCAUUACCGAGCUUGAUAUCCGGAUGACGCUACCUUCGACCGAUGCUUUGCUUGCACAACAGUCAACUGACUACCAGAGUACCGUUGGUGCGUGCGCCCAGACUGCCAAAUGUGUUGGCAUUACCCUCUGGGACUGGACAGACAAAUAUUCGUGGGUGCCCGGCACCUUCUCCGGCCAAGGUGCUGCAUGUCCAUGGGACGACAACCUUGAGGAGAAGCCUGCAUACAAUGGUAUUAUGGCCGCUUUGGGGGCAACUGUCUCAUAA